GCCGCCCCGCGCCGCAUCAGGAGCAGAACGACAGCGCGGGCCACCAUCGCCGCCCCGCCCCGCAUCAGGAGCAGAACGGCAACGCGGGGCGACAUCGCCGCGGCCCGCCGCCGGAGAGGUCGGCUCCCGCGGCGCCUGCCCCUGCCCGUGCGCGCGCGCCUCCGCCUCCGCCUCCGGCUGCGGCGGCAGCGAAUGGGCGCGAUGGGUCGGUGCCGCAGCUGGUGCAGGAGAUCCAGGACAAGCUCGCCCGCGGCGCGGUGGAGUGCAUGAUCUGCUACGACAUGGUGCGGCGGUCGGCGCCCAUCUGGUCCUGCGACAGCUGCUUCUCCAUCUUCCACCUCCCCUGCAUCCGCAAGUGGGUGCGCUCCCCGGCCUCCGCCGCCGACGCCUCCCCUGCAGCGGACCCCGCCUCACCGUCCUGGCGCUGCCCGGGAUGCCAGUCCGUGUAUGACACCCCGGCCCGUGACCUGGCCUACACCUGCUUCUGCAGGCGCCGGCGAGAGCCCCCCAAUGACCACUUCCUCACUCCCCACUCCUGCGGCGAGCCCUGCUCCAAGCCUCUCGAGAGGGCGGAGCCGCCGGGCGCCAAGGGGGAGGAUGCUGAUGCCACCAGGUGCCCGCACGUCUGUGUCCUGCAGUGCCACCCGGGACCGUGCCCGCCCUGCAAGGCAUUUGCGCCGGACAGGCCCUGCCCCUGUGGGAAGCAGAUCAUCGUGCGGCGGUGCGCGGACCGCAGCACGCCCGUGACCUGUGGCCGCCCGUGCGAGCGGAUGCUGCCCUGCAGAAGGCAUCGUUGCGAGAAGGUCUGCCACACUGGGCCUUGUGGGGAUUGCGCUGUUGUUAUCUCUGCACGGUGCUUCUGCGGGAAGAAGAAUGAGGCAUUGCUGUGUGGAGACAUGGUGGUGAAGGGGAAGCUGUCUGAGGAGGAUGGGGUGUUUUCUUGCAGUGAACCAUGUGGCCGCAUGCUCGCUUGUGGGAAUCAUGUCUGCAAGGAUAUGUGCCAUCCAGGGCCUUGUGGUGAGUGCGAGCUCAUGCCAGGGAAGGUCACUACAUGCCAUUGCGGCAAGACAAGGCUGCAGGAGAGUAGGGCAAGUUGCUUGGACCCAAUCCCAACCUGUGACAAGAUCUGCGAUAAGAAUUUGCCAUGUGGAGUGCAUAGGUGCAAGGUCAAUUGCCACGAGGGAGAGUGCCCACCUUGCUUGGUUCGUGUUGAGCAGAAGUGCCGUUGUGGCUCAUCAGGUCGGAUGGUGGAGUGUUACCAGGUCAAGAAGGAAGAGUUCCGCUGCAACAAGCCUUGUGGCCGCAAGAAGAACUGCGGGAGGCAUCGGUGCAGUGAGUGCUGUUGCCCACUAUCAAGGAAGUUUGCUCAGCUUGAAGGUGGUGACUGGGAUCCCCAUCUCUGCCAGAUAUCAUGUGGCAAGAAGCUCCGUUGUGGGCAGCAUGCAUGCCAGCUACUCUGCCACAGUGGUCAUUGUCCGCCCUGUUUGGAGACUAUAUUUACUGAUCUCACUUGUGCCUGUGGCAGAACUUCUAUCCCGCCACCUCUGCCUUGUGGCACGCCUACUCCAUCAUGCCCACAUCAGUGUUCAGUCCCCCAGCCUUGUGGCCAUCCAGCCUCACAUUCAUGCCAUUUUGGGGACUGUCCGCCUUGCGUCGUGCCAGUAAUGAGAGAAUGCAUUGGGGGACAUGUCAUGUUGAGGAACAUCCCUUGCGGAUCGAAGGACAUCAGGUGCAACCAACCAUGUGGGAAGAAUCGCCAAUGUGGAAUCCAUGCUUGCAACAGGGCUUGCCAUCCUGCCCCUUGUGAUCAGCCACCUGCAAAUGGGGAUGCUAGCUCCAGCUCUGGUGGCAAAGCUUCUUGUGGACAGGUAUGUGGUGCCGCAAGGAGAGAAUGUAAGCAUACAUGCACUGCCCCAUGCCACCCCUCAUCACAAUGCCCAGAUUUGAGAUGUGAAUUUCCUGUGACUAUUACCUGUUCUUGUGGCCGUAUCACUGCAACUGUUCCCUGUGGUGCUGGGGGAGCCUCCAGUAGUGAUAAUAUGUUUGAAGUAUCCAUCAUACAGAAGUUGCCAAUGCCUCUCCAGCCCGUGGAAUCAAAUGGGAGGAGGGUGCCGCUUGGGCAGAGGAAGCUUUCUUGUGACGAUGAGUGUGCAAAGAUGGAGAAGAAGAGGGUCCUUGCUGAAGCAUUUGACAUCACCCCGCCCAAUUUGGAUGCACUGCAUUUCGGUGAGAACUCAAGUGCAUCUGAUUUGGUUUCUGACCUGUUCCGACGGGAUCCAAAGUGGGUGGUGGCAAUAGAAGAGAGGUGCAAGUUCCUUGUACUUGGAAAGGUGAGGGGCAGUUCUUCAGGCAAUCUCAAACUGCAUGUCUUUUGCCCCAUGUUGAAGGACAAGAGAGAUGCUAUCAGGCUCAUUGCAGACCGGUGGAAGCUCUCUGUUCAGUCAGCUGGUUGGGAGCCUAAGCGUUUUAUUACCAUCCAUGUCACACCCAAGUCGAAACCGCCUGCUCGCAUCCUGGGCUCCAAGGCAGGUGCCCCCGUCACAGCUGCUCAUCCUUACUUUGAUCCUCUGGUUGACAUGGAUCCAAGGCUGGUCGUUGCAAUGCUGGACCUGCCACGGGAUGCUGAUGUCAACGCUCUAGUCCUAAGGUUUGGUGGGGAAUGUGAAUUAGUCUGGCUGAAUGACAAGAAUGCCAUAGCUGUCUUCAAUGAUCCAGCUAGAGCAGCGACAGCUCUGAGGCGGUUGGAUUAUGGGUCUGCUUACCAGGGUGCUGCAAUGUUUAUGCCAAGCAGCGCGCAGGCAUCUUCUUCAGGCAACGUGUGGGUUGGAGGACAGAAGGAUGGAGGGCUCGCUGCUAGGAGCAAUCCGUGGAAGAAGCCUGGUGCUGCUGAGCCUGACCUGUCCUCAGGAGACUGGACUGGUGUGGCUGGCCAUGCUCCAGCGCCAGGAUGGAGAGGCGCCAACACCGCCGCUCAAGUCAUGGGAACCCAGAACCGAUGGAAUGUUCUGGAAUCUGAUGCUGCCACAAGCUCUGGUCCAGGUGAGGAUCGGAAGACUGCUCCUCGCACCGACGUACAGAAUUCUGGGAAUGCUGGGCCGUCAGUGAGCAAGCUGCAGCCAGAUGUUGAGGUGGACGACUGGGAAGAAGCUUGCGAAUGAAGAGGCAUUGGGGAGAAGCUUGCAAAUGGAAGGAUUGCGGAAAUGAGGAGGCAUUUGGAAGUUUGGCCCAGAUGUUUUUUGUUCUUCUGGGAUCUGGUUUCUGUUAAAUCUGCUUCGCUAGUACUAGUAGUACUCUAUGUUCUAUCACAUUUUAAGUAGUUGUCGACUGCCUGGUGACAGUUUCAGUUGAAAGUGCUGAUUUUGCUAGGCAGGUGCGUCUCUGUUAAGGCUGCUGCUUUUAUUUUUGCAGUCCUUCUGUCGAAUUGGAAGAAAUGCUGCGUCAUAAUAAGUUUCUUAUUGUUCCUCCAUUUCUAGGGCCUAAAUGGGUACCUUUGUGUUACCCGCCCUGUCAAUGGGUUAGGUUCAUGUGCGCUCUGGAGCUGUGACAAAAUCAGAGAAAUGAUGUGAUCGCUCUGCGUCUGUUAAGAGUGUUUUUGUCGUGCUGAGCUCUGAAUCUGGAAGUUGCCUGGGAGACGAGCUACAGUACAUCUCUUUUUUAGUAGGAUCGCGAUAUUACUGGUUCAGGUUGAUUGAUCCAGGGUCCGUUGUUCGCCAAUGAAAUAUCUUGAGAAUCGACGGCUCUCCUUUGUUUAUCAUA